AUGCAUUUUUAUGAAUCACUUUUUUCGAUUUUAUCGUUAACAACCACAUUAUUAUUUUAUUCACAACAAGUAUCAAGUACUAAUAUCCCAAGAACGAUAUAUCAUGAGGAAAAUAAUUCAGAUCCAAUUCAUAUACAAUUAAAUGAUCAAGAUUUAAAUGAUUUAUCCAAUGACAAAUAUGAAAGAAUAAUAAGGGAAAAUCAUCCUGAAUUGAUUGGUAAAUCAUAUUCAACAUCAGUUAAUUUAAACAAAAGAAUUUUAAUAAUUUAUCCCCCAAAUCCAACUGUAACCUCAUCUGCAUAUUGGACUGGAGAUAGAAUGACCACCACAACAACUACUCAAUUAACUGGUUAUGGUUUAACUGAUACAGUCAUAAUUUAUUAUCCACCAAAUCCUACGAUUUAUAUUACUGCACAUAUUGCAGCAACAGCUAUUCCUUCAAGUACUACUCAAACCGGGGAAUUCGGUGCAACUGAUACAGUCAAUAUUUAUUCACCAUCAUCAGCUACUAAGUCAACCAAGUACACCACAAUUUUUGGUACUGAUUCAACUAUACAAACUUCAACAGUAGAAGGUUCAAAAACGGACACAGUUAAAGUGAUAUAUCCAUCUAAUGAACAAUCAUUCACUACUUACUACAGUUACAAAACUUACUUAGAAACUAUAACUAAAACAGCUUCAUUUGGAGGUACUGAUAUUAUUCAUGUUGUUUAUCCAAAGAAUCCAACCACUACUACUACACAUUUUGGAGAUGUUACAGGACGUCUGUUGAGUACUGAUAGUGAUACAUACAGUGGUACCAACACAGUUCAUGUUAUUUAUCCACCAAAUGCAACUAAAACCACAACUGCUUAUGGAACUGCAGAAACUAUUGAAACUGUCACUGAAACUGGAUCAUUUGGAGGAAAAGAUACAGUUAAAGUUUUGUAUCCACCAAAUACAACAACAUACAGUACCAUUUGGAUCAAUCCAACAAAUAUUCCAUCGAGUACUACACAAACCGGGAAAAUUGGUGCAACUGAUACAGUCAAAAUUUGGUUACCAUCAGAAGUAAUUAAAUCAACCAAAUACACAACGAUUUUUGGUACUGAUUCAACUAUACAAACUUCAACAGUAGAAGGUUCAAAAACAAACACAGUUCAAGUCAUAUAUCCACCAAAUGAACAAUCAUUCACUACUUACUACAGUUACAAAACUUUUUUAGAAACAAUAACUAAGACAGCUACAUUUGGAGGUACUGAUAUUGUUCAUGUUGUUUAUCCAAAGAAUCCAACCACUACUACUACACGUUUUGGAGAUGUUACAGGACGUCUGUUGAGUACUGAAAGUGAUACAUUCAGUGGUACAAAUACACUUCAUGUUAUUUAUCCACCAAAUACAACUAAAACUACAACUGUUUAUGGAACUGCAGAAACUAUUGAGACAGAAACUGAAACUGGAUCGUUUGGAGGAAUAGAUACAAUCAAAAUUUUAUAUCCACCAAACCCAACAACCUAUAUUACUGCUCAUAUUGCAACAACAGCUGUACCUUCAAGUACUACUCAAACUGGGAAAAUUGGAGCAACUGAUACAGUAAGAAUUUAUUUACCUUCAACAGCUAUUAAAUCAACCAAAUAUACAACAAUUUUUGGAACUGAUUCAACUAUACAAACAUCAACAAUAGAAGGUUCAAAAACAAACACAGUUCAAGUGAUAUAUCCCCCAAAUGAACAAUCAUUCACUACCUACUACAGUUAUAAAACCUUUUUAGAGACUAUAACCAAAACAGCAUCAUUUGGAGGUACUGAUAUUGUUCAUGUUGUUUAUCCAAAGAAUCCAACCACUACUACCACACGUUUUGGAGAUGUUACAGGACGUCUGUUAAGUACCGAAAGUGAUACAUUCAGUGGUACAAAUACACUUCACGUUAUUUAUCCACCAAAUACAACUAAAACCACAACUGUUUUUGGAACUGCAGAAACUAUUGAAACUGUCACUGAAACUGGAUCAUUUGGAGGAAGAGAUACUGUUAGAGUUUUAUAUCCACCAAACCCAACUACUUAUAGUACAAUUUGGGUAAAUCCAACAAAUAUACCAUCAAGUACUACUCAAACUGGGAAAAUUGGAGCAACUGAUACAAUGAAAAUAUGGUUACCUUCAACAGCUAUUAAAUCAACCAAAUAUACCACAAUUUUUGGUACUGAUUCAACAAUACAAACUUCAACUGUGGAAGGUUCGAAAACAAACACAGUUCAAGUCAUAUAUCCACCAAAUGAACAAUCAUUCACUACUUACUACAGUUACAAAAGCUUUUUAGAGACUAUAACCAAAACAGCAUCAUUUGGAGGUACUGAUAUUGUUCAUGUUGUUUAUCCAAAGAAUCCAACCACUACUACCACACGUUUUGGAGAUGUUACAGGACGUCUGUUAAGUACCGAAAGUGAUACAUUCAGUGGUACAAAUACACUUCAUGUUAUUUAUCCACCAAAUACAACUAAAACUACAACUGUUUAUGGCACUGCAGAUAGUAUUGAAACAGAAACUGAAACUGGAUCAUUUGGAGGAAGAGAUACUGUUAGAGUUUUAUAUCCACCAAACCCAACGACCUAUAGUACAAUUUGGGUAAAUCCAACAAAUAUUCCAUCAAGUACUACUCAAACUGGAAAAAUUGGAGCAACUGAUACAAUGAAAAUAUGGUUACCAUCAGUGAUUAAACCUGUCCAAUCUACUACUAUAUAUGGUACUGAUUCAACAAUUGGAACUACAACAAUUGAAGGUCCAAACACUAAUACAAUUCAAGUUAUCUACCCACCAAAUCAACAAAUAACAACAACAUACUAUAGUUCUAAAUCAAUUUUAGAAACUCAAACUCAAACUGAUUCAUUUGGAGGUACUGAUAUAGUUCAAGUUGUUUAUCCAAGUAACUCAGUUUCAACAACUUCAUAUUUUGGAACUAAUACAAUAUUAGAAAGAAGCACUGUUACUGAUACAUUUAGUGGUACUGAUGUUGUUCAUGAAAUUUGGCCAGCAAACCCAACUAGAACUACAACUACCUACUGGGAAGAAGGUACAACUGCUACCGAGACUAUAACUUUUGGUCCUCAAAAUACUGAUGUCAUUAAUAUAAUGGUUCCAGUUGUAACUGAAACAUUAACUUGGUAUGGUUUCGUUGAAAGAAUUCCAGAUUCUAACUCACUUACUGCUGCCUCAGUUAUUGAAGUUUUAGUUCCUGAUGAAGAAAAUAUUGAAACUUUAACUCAAUUAUGGACUGGUGGAUUUGGUGAAACUGUUACUGACAAAGGUGAACAAGAUGAAGUUUUAACUACUAUUUAUUGGACUGGUUUAAUUCCAUUUGAAAGCGCAGCAGCUAAAAGAGCAAAAAAAGCAAAAGCUAAAAGAGAAGAUAAUGAUGAAGCAACUACUGCUCUUGAAAUGUUUACUGGAAGUUUCCUUUGUACUUUACAUUCAGCUGCUGAAACUGGUCAAGUUAAACCUGCUUUGGAAACUGGUGAAGCUCACUUACAAGCUCGUGAUGAUGAAGAAGAUACUAUUUUAGCUGCAACUGUUACAACUAAUGUAUUUGUUGGUAUUCCAGUAUCAUCUUAUAGUUACGUUACUACAAUUAUUGAAGCAGGUUAUACUUCAACUGCUGUUGUCAGUGCAAUUACUGAUGAAGAAGGUGAUUGGAUUACUGAAACUUCUUACGUCACUGAAAUUCCAAUUACAGUUGAAUCUAGUGUUACAGAAACUACUCAAAAUGCUGAAGCUCCAAAUGUUACUGAAUCAUCAGAUGUUGUUGAAACUGAGGUUUCAUCUACUGAUAUUGCUGAAAUAGAAACAACUAGAACUACGAACAAUGAAGCUCCGAGUGCAAUUAUAACUGAAAAUAACAAGGAACCAACUGAAAGUGCAAAUGAUGGUGGUAAUAAAGCCACUACAGCUGAAGAUUCUGAUACCAUUAAUGGUGGUAAUGAACGAACUGACGGAGCCGAUAUUGAAACUUCCACCCAAGACACUAAUAAUACUUCAUUUAGAUCAAUCGCCGGGGUUGUUACAACUUCAAAUGCUGGUAUUUUAACUUCAAUUGCCGGUGUCGUUACUACUUCAAAUGCUGAUAUUCUUACUUCAAUUGCCGGUGUCGUUACUACUUCAGCUGCUGAAGUUCUUACUUCAGUUGAUAUUCCAAUUUUUGAGUCCCUUAGUUCAGAUGCUGAUGUUGAAACUAUGACAGAAGCAGUUGAUGCAGAUUCUGAAACUGAUGGUGGUGACAUUACUAAUUCAACAACUAUAACAAAUAUAGUGACAACAUACACACAAGAUGGAACAACUGUAACUACUACUAUAUACAGAACAAUAACUGUUAAUCAAAAAGAAACUGAAAUUACUUCAGGUGCCAAUACCGGAUCAGAAGCUGAAAUUGAAAAUGGUAAUGGUUCAAACAGUGGUGAGGAUAAUGGUUCAGAAAACGGUUCAGAAAAUGGAGCAGAAAGUGGAUCACAAAACUCUGGUGAAAUUAAGACAGAUGAUGCUGAAAAUAAAUCAAAAGGUAACGUAGUUGAUGGUAAAUCCAACACAACCAAUAAUAAUAAGGACCAAAAUAGUCCAGCUAACGGAUCUGACAAUUCUAAUAAUGGUGAAGGUGACACCUCAACACAACAAUCAAACACAGAUACUGCAGGUAAUGCAAACAAUGACUCAAAUAAUGAAACAAAUGAAGAAAAUGUUGGUCAAAAUGGAGGUAAUGAAAAUGAAACAGACCAAUCCAAUGAACAAGGUUUAAUAUCAGAUACAAAUGAAACAUCAUCAAACAAUUCAGAACAAACAAAUGAAGCAAUCCCAACAGAUACAAUUUAUGAAGGUUCAUCAAAUAAAUUAAAUCCAAUUUACAGUUUAAUUUUUUCGUUUUUGUUUUUAUUUUUCAUUUAA